CGCCGCCUGUCCGAGCUGCUGGCGCCGCCGCCGCCGCCGCUGGGCUCGUCCGCGUCCUCGGGCAGCGGCUCGUCCUCGGGCGCCUCGUCGCUGCUGCGCCACUACAUCGACCCCUGGGACCUGGAGAACUACGCGUACCUGCGCCGCCAGGACGCCGCCGCCGCGGGCUGCUGCUCCUCCACGCCCGCGCUCGAGUCCUCGCAGUCAGACUUCUCCUACAUCCCCGGCUCGCUCGAGUACCCGUACCCGCCGCCCGCCGUGGACGAGGAGCCCUUUUACAACGCCGCGCGCACCCUCAGGAAGACCUCCUCCGUGAUGCGGCGCCACAGCGCGGCCGCCGCGCCCAACAUGCACGCCGUGUACGGCAGCAACGGGCACGGCCACCACCACAACGGGCACGGCCACGGGCACGACCACGGCCAUGGGCACGGCCACGGCCACGGCCAUGGGCACGACCACGGGCACGAGCACGGGCACGAGCACGGCCACGGGCACGGCGGGCACGUGGGCGGCGGCGUGUGGAAGGGCGCGCCGAUGGAGGAGGAGCUGGGCGACGGCUCGGCCGGCGGGGACUCGUGCCGCCUGUACUCGCCGUCGCUGCUGGUGCGCCGCCCGCCCGGAGACCUCGUCUACGUGUACGGCGGCCGCAAGCUGGCCCUGCCCGACGUCAUGGGCCACGGCGACGCCUGCUGCUACAGCCUGAGCGGCGGCGGCAGCAGUAGCGAGGACGACGAGGAGCGCUGCUGCUACUUCGACAGCCGCACGAUGGCGCUGCCUCCGCCCCCGGAGUCGCCCGAGCCGCUCCCGCCGCCGCCCCCGGCGCCCGCCACGCGCUACGCCCUCAGCCGCCACGGCCACCUGCGCCUCGACUACAGCUGGAGCUGGGCCUCCCUCGACCGUUACAUCGCUGCCGCCGACUAGGCUGCCCUCUGCCGCCGACGGACACGACCUCGAAGCGCGCCCCGCGGGUCGCAUACACAGCGGGAGCCUGCAUUGGUUUACGCUACAGUAGUAAUAUAGUUGAAUUUCUAUUCACAAUGAGU